AUGGAUUUUGGGUACGAUGAGCAGGGCAACCGGCUGAAUCAUAAUGACAGCAGCAGCAACUACGAUGACAGCGACCGUGAGGUUGCUUCUGUAAGCGAUGACGAUGCUUGGAAGCGGGCGGGAGGCGGCAGUGGCGAUGAUGAUGACGACGAUGACGAUGACGAUAGUUCCCUGCGGCAACGUCAUGGGAGGUCAAAUGGAGGUGGAACAGAUGAUUCAAGCAGUUCCUUCAGUGAAGACGUUGAGCUCAUCAUUGGCGAGGCUGGAAAUCAAUCCAUUGCUGAACCGCUUGUAGAUGAAAAAGACGUUGUUUCGUAUUUUCGUGCGGAUGGAGCGCGCGGUAAGUUCCUUGUUGAGGACCGGCGUGCGGCACCGCUGCUCAUUCAAGAUACACACGCGGCACCAUCUUCGGAACGUGAAUUUUUAGAUCUCCUGCGCGGCAUCCCUUCGCGGCAACGCAACGUGGCACUUGUUGGUCACCUGCACCAUGGAAAGACUUCUCUGCUCACUAUGCUUCUUGGGGGCCGUGCGUACCGUCAGCGUGAGGACGAGGUGGAGCGCAAAAUUUCUCUUAAAAGCAGUGUUGUGACGGAGGUGGUGUCGGGGGCACACUACCAGCAGGCCUCUCACCUCGUCAGUUUCUGUGACACACCUGGUCAUCCCGACUUUGUGGCGGAGACGGCAGCAGCCCUGCGCUUGGCAGACGCCGCAAUAUUUUGUGUCGACGCGGUUGAGUCCAUAACACGCAACGCUAUCCGACUUUUGCGACAGACGGUGCUGCAGGAGAAUCUCCCAGUGAUGCUUGUCAUCACGAAGGUCGAUCGUCUCAUCAUGGAUCUCAAGCUGCCGCCUCUGGACGCCUAUCGCAAGUUGCGGACGGUGGUGGAUGCUGUCAACAACGAGAUUGCUGGCUUUGGUUCCCCGUUUCUUGUUUCUCCACAGAACGGCACCGUUUGUUUCGCGUCGUCAAGACUUGGGUUUUGCUUUACGACGGAGACCUUUGCACUGAAGUACAGCCGUGAGUACCCUUCCGUUGAUCCGGUCGCACUGUCGCAGCAGCUUUGGGGACAAGUUGCCUUUGAGAAGGGGCAAUUUGUGAAGAUCACAAACUUCACACAGAGACCCGCGUUUGUCACGCUGAUUCUUGAGCCGCUGUACAAAAUUGUCGCCCAUGCCCUGACCGGCAAAGGGCACGAAGUCCUUAGCAGCCGUCUCCAUCCCCACCCACGGGAUCCUGUCGCUGCAGCACGAGAGGCCGUACAACUCUUUUUUGGCGACGCCGCCACAGAAGGCAUUGACGCGCUUCUCAAUGUAAUGCCAAAGGCUGAUGUGCGCCUGAACUGGCUUCGGCUGCGUUAUGGGCUCACAUGUGAGACGCAAAAUUCGGUGCUUGCCAUUGCACCGCUGCUGCGUUCGCAAAAUAAUGGAGAGGAUAAUUUUGCAAUUGUUCGUGUACUGCAUGGUGUUCUAAAACGAAGCAUGAAAUUGGUUGUUGUGGAUGAACACUCCAGCGACGCUGAGCCCUUCUACACCUUUGUUGUGAAGGAGCUGCUUUUGAAGAUGUUAAAUGGACUUGUUGAAGUAGAUGCCGCGCACGCAGGUCAGGUGGUUUUUCUUACUGGUUUUGGUACACGACCAGGGAGUCAUCUUGUUCUCGUUGGUGGUGCCAUCGCUGAUCCCUUUUUGAUGGAAGAUGACGCGGCUGACGUGGGAGACACCGCAUCAGGAGAUUGGCUUGACGAUGUGCGGGUGUAUCCCCUCAAAUGUGGAGACCCCAUGGUGCAUGUUGGGGUGGAGCUGAAGGAUCCCAAAAAGAGUGCACAGCUGCAGCGUGGUCUUCAGAUCCUAUUGCGGACAACACCCGGACUUGAUGCACACAAGGAAGAGACAGGGGAAUUUACUCUUACUGGGUAUGGAGAAUUGCAUCUGA